CUAAAUAUUCAUAAUUAAAAAGAGUUAUGGAGAUAUUACAUUUUGAAGGGUCUAUAAGAAUCAUCAUUGAAGGCAUACUUGCUUAAUGUAAAGUAUAGCAGAGCCUUUCUCCAAAAUAACCUCUCUUGUGCUAUGUAUCUAUGGAUAUCAAGAAGAUAGUGUUGCGUGUCAGUAUCAAUUGCAUGAAGUGCAAAAUGGAGGUCCUAAAAUCUGUUGCCAAACUUGAAGGUAUUAAUGAGAUGAGUGUGAAUAGUGAGAAGGGGGAGUUGACAGUGAUAGGAAAUGUAGAUGCAGUGCUUUUGACAAAACAACUCAGGAAGACAAACAAAAUGGCACAAAUCAUUAGUGUUGGACCUCCAAAGAAAGAGCCAGCAAAAGAUGAAAAACAGAAGCCACUGCCUCCUUGUUGUAAGCAAUGCCAACUUCUUGUUGUUGGCUUUGCUCCUUAUGAACCUCCACUUUGCUCUAUCCUGUAACAAUAUAUUGACUCUUAACAAUCACAUUCUGAUGGCCUCAAUUGCCAAAUAAAUUCGGUAAUAUAUAUAUCCCAAAUCUAGCGUGUAGUAUUUACUUUCUUUUUUCAAAUAAUAGCAAUGUAUUUUGACUA